CAUGUGCAGUGCGUCAGCGGCGAGACUUCUUUACCACUGCGCGCACUUUAUCCGAGAACACCUUUGUUGAAGGCACUCGCCGAUGACGAGAUGCGCACGAUAGUAAAAUAGCCACGCCACAGACGAACUGCGCGUGGAAAAAUUAGUGCUAGUUCAGCGGCCCAGUCAUGGCGAGUGUGGACGAGCCACCGUCUGCCCAGGAUCACAACAAGCCAUCGACCAGCGGCACUGACCUGAGGGAAUACACGAUCAGGCCGCUGCUUUGGGAGGAGUUGCCUCUCACCAAGGAACUCCGUCUCGAGAUUGGCUUCGUGACUGGGACUCACCACCUGGAGACCCUUUGGAAGACUGACCCUGGUAGCGUCUACGGAGCAAUAACCGACGACGGUGAGCUGUACGGCGUCUGCGCCGUGCCGUUCGUUGGUGUAGACAUGGCGUACCUUGCACUGCUGGGUGUCGUGGCCAAGUGGAGACGCCGAGGCAUCGGCAAGCGACUGCUCGAGGAGUCGCUGCGCCACGUCGGCACGCAGAACAUGUUCCUCCACUGCCUGCCGACGCAGGUCCGCUUGUUCAGGGACAAGCACAACUUGCAACUCUACGGCCGCGAGCUCAAGUCCCUAGGUCCAGGCAAGCCCAACGUGUCGGAACUGGUGCGGACCGUACUGGGUGUUAAAGUGGAGGCUGUCGGCGAGGAGACACUUCCCAUGGUUGUGGGGUACGACGAGAGAGUCUUCGGCUGCAGCCGUCAGAAGUACGUGGAGCUUGCCUUGGCCGAGGCGGACGUGUGUGCGGCGGUGGCGCGGCGUGGCUCGAGGAGGGUGUGCGGCUACGGCUUCUCGUCGGGCGACGUCUACGGGAACCGCGUCGUGCGCGGCAUCUUCGCCGACUCGGAAGAGAUCGCCGAGGCCCUCAUGGCGUACGUGCUGCAGGACGCGACCGUCGCCACCGUCAUCGUCCACAUGAAGGACUCGGAGGACACCUACUUCGAGAAGAAGAUCGGCCUCAAACGCAGCUCCGACAUCAAGACGCUCUUUCGCUGGCCCUUCAGGGGUGGAGACUUCACGAGGAUAUACGCGACCGCCUGAGCCCGGCGGGCCACCGGCUGCAUUAAAGACAUGUCUCCGUGCCCGCGUGGCAUGAACGAGCUUUUCGAGCUGUUUGAUGUCUCUCAAAAUUAGGCAACAGAUGAAACAUAGCCAUGAGUGGACAAAAAAAAAGUGAACUACCGCACUCGCUAACGAAAUGCAUUUUACUUUUAGGGCUCACUGGAACUCUGACUCGCCGUAUUUUUCCUCUACUGAACUUACUCGCACUCAAACUCACAAAUAUUUUACUCAUUUCAACUCAACGACAGGGACUCACGCCUUGAUAUUAGUCUGAGGGAGUGACUGAAUUGACUCUUUAAUGAGCUUGGAAAGUUUUGACCACAGCUGUGCAUAAAUUUUGUUAUUCGGUUGCGGCUUUUCGCUCGUAAGUUUUGUUCACUGUCACCAGCUGGCCUCGCUGUUAAGAUGUCCAGCAUAACGAUUGGCUAACGUUUUUUUUUUUCUUCAGAUUAUCCCUUGAGUAAGUGACUUAGGAACGUGAGCCUCCUUUAAGAAAAAAAUUGCCAACAAUGUCUAACCAUAUGCGUGUUAACUUCAUUAUUUCUUGUGGCUUAAGUUUUCUUUAUUGGACAGCUUCAAUUGGGCGACUACUGAAUCUUGUUUCAACGUACAUGUUCCUCUUCAAUGGUUACAAAGAGAUGUGACGACAACACGGAAUUAACUCUGCGCUAGCUAGAAGCGGAAAACUAGAACUAUUGAAAUUCGCCGCGAAUUAUCUUCCUUCUUGAAGUUCGUGCAAUUCAGGAACAAUAUUGGUAAAUAUCUGAUUGCACCAAUGAAGGAAAUUAAAUAAAUAAUAGCACAGGAAUAUAUUUAUUAGAUUAUGCGAGCUUAUACCCUCUCGUAGUAUCCACUUGAUAAUGUUUAUGCGUGAUCACUGAUUGAACUGGCGUUAUUGUAACACUUUUUGUGAAAGGAAUGCUGGUUCUUGUCAAUGUGUAUGAACGAGCCCUAACUCCGAUUACUGAAUAAAGGUGCAGGGAAGACGAUGGUCGAGUUAUAAGGGUGGAUAGCCGCCAUCAGUUACACCUACUAAUUAUCAUAUCCUCCACGCUGACCGUUAUGAUGGCUAUAUAUAGAACUCUAGUAGAUAUUGGUAUCAUAAUAUCCCUUAUGAAUUUCAGCACUCUAUCAUGUUGUUACUGACUGUUCAUAUGACCGUCUUUUCCGUGAUUUUGACUCACGGCGACCGGGUUUAAUAAAAGCGACGACAUUACGUGUAACCAAAAUAAACGAGCA